CAGCAGAGAGGAGUGGGGCACAAUCAAUUUCAUAGAGAAGCGGAAGAAAAAGGCACAAGUAGAUAAGGAAGACGUGGGGGAAAGAAGCAAGGAGUUGCUAGAGGAAAGCAGCAUCACUGAGAAGAGAAGAGACCAGUAGGAGGGCGUGGACCUGACCUACAGAAGAGCAGAAAAAAAGACAAGAGGGACGUACAAGGCCUCCCUGGAAAAGAAACAAAGCCUCACACUUGUGAGGUUGCCCUCUUUGUGCGUUCUACUGUACGAGUGUGUGAGCAGGUGGGACUUUGAUGGGACAGUGAGCAAUGCCUCACACGCAGCGACAGCAGGUUGGCAGUAGGGGGCAGUGCUCCUCACGCCUCCUCCCCCUCCUCCUCUUCCUCUCCCUUGCUGCCCAGCCCAUCCAAACAGCCAUACACAUACCCUCCAACUACCACAUAAGUGAUCUAAAGAGGCCUCCGAUGAUCAUGAUACAGCCGGAGUCUGUCACCGUCUUUGGUGUUGAAGACUUCGUCAUGAACUGUGAAGCCACCGGCAACCCUUUACCCAUUUUCCGAUGGACAAAGGAUGGAGAGGAGUUUGACCCAGGCAGUGACCCGGAGCUGAAGGUUACUGAGCGCGCUGGCUCAUUCGCUUUCUACACACUCAGUAAUACUAUGGAGAGCCUGAAGCCGUACCAAGCCAAAUAUGUCUGCUACGCAUCCAACGAGCUGGGGACAGCCGUCUCUAACGAGGCCACCAUCAGCAGUGACGUUCCUCCAACACAGCAGAAAGAAAAGAAGGGUAAUGUGAAGGCUGAAGAGGGAAGCAGUACCAUCCUGAAGUGUAACCCCCCGCAGAGCUCUAUGGAGCCCAUCAUACACUGGAUGGACUGGAAACUACACCAUAUCCAGCUGAGUGAACGGGUGGUGGUGGGGAAGGAUGGCAACCUAUACUUUGCCCAUUUGACCACUGAGGACAACAGAAAUGACUACACCUGCAAUGUCCAAUACCUUGCCACUCGCACCAUUCUGGCAAAGGAACCCAUCACCCUGACUGUUAACCCCUCCAACUCCGUACUGCUGAACCGGAGGCCCCAGAUGAUGAGACCUACUGGAAGCCACAGCACUUACCACACCCUCAGAGGGCAGACCCUUGAGUUAGAGUGCAUCGUCAAAGGCCUUCCAACUCCCAAAAUUUCAUGGCUGAGGAAAGACGGUGAAAUGUCCGAGUCUCGGACCAUUAAAGACAUGUUCAACCACCGCCUGCGCUUUAGUAAUAUCUCAGAGAGCGACGGAGGCGAGUAUCAGUGUACAGCUGAGAACUCCCAGGGGAAGGUCUCACACACUUACAUCGUAACUGUGGAAGCGGCUCCUUACUGGAUCAAGGAGCCAUCCAGCCAGUUGUACGCCCCAGGCGAGACUGUCAGGCUGGACUGCCAGGCCGACGGCAUCCCAUCACCCACCAUCAGCUGGACCAUCAACGGGGUUCCCAUCUCAGCAAUCGACAAGGACUCAAGACGUUCUCUGACAGUAAGCGGGUCUCUGAUCUUAAAAGAUGUCAACUUUGGAGACACUGCCAUCUUCCAGUGCCAGGCCUCCAACAAGCAUGGCACCAUCCUCACCAACACCAACGUCUAUGUCAUUGAGCUGCCUCCCCAGAUCCUUGUUGAGGAUGGGAAUACUUACACAUUUACGGAGGGCAAGACGGCUUUACUAGAGUGUGAAACCUUUGGCUCUCCUAAACCUAAAAUCAUAUGGGAGAGCAGCAGCACCUCCUCCCUACUGGCUGAUCCCAGAGUGAACCAGCUCACCAACGGGGCGCUGGAGAUCUUUAAUGUCACCCACGAUGAUGAGGGCUUCUACACCUGCUCCAUACAGAACACCAACUUAUCUGUCAAUGCCGAGCUGGAAGUGCUUAACAGGACAGUGAUCGUGUCACCUCCACAGGAUCUGAAGGUGCAGCGUGGGAACACAGCAAUCUUCACUUGUCUGGCCGUUGUCGACCCCAAACUUGGCCCUCCACAAAUUCAGUGGAGAAAGGACAAUAAAAAAAUCUUCGAGUCCCCCAGUGAUGGAAAAUACACAUUUGAUGGACCAGAUCUGAAAAUCACCAAUGUGGAAGAAGAAGAUGAGGGCUUGUACACCUGUGACGUCAUCACUAAACUUGACUCGGUUGAAGCCAGUGUCACCCUCUCUUUAUGGGAUCGACCGGACCCUCCUGAACUCCUCCAGAUCACUGAACCUAAGCGUCGUUCAGUCACCCUCAGCUGGACUCCUGGGGACGAACACAACAGCCCUGUGCUAGGUGCCAGCGUGCCCAUCUGCCGCUGGUGCCAGAGGAUAUGCCAGGCUUGCAGACCAAAGCUGCCAAGGGAGCAGCCAACAUGGUGGUAUUGA